CCCUUUUGGCGCCCGUGGGCGGACGAGUUGAGGGCCGCAGCCCCGUCCGCCGUGGAGGGCGACAACAGGUUGCCGACCUCCGCUUAGGGCCUCGGGCUGGGACCCGGAGGUGAGGGAGGGCCUGGGUCCCUCACUCCCUUCCCCGCCGCAACCCUCUCCUACCCCGCCAAAUCGAGGAGCUGGAAAGACUGACGAAGGGGCCGCCGAGCCCCCUCAGUCCCUUGGGGGGGGUCUGAGGGGUGAUCGCCCCCGCAACCAGACACUGCUACUAAGACCCCGGGUGGGGCGACCAAAGAGUCCAAUUCAGACGGUGGGUAUGCUGGGCCCCCCCCUCCCUGGACUAGGGCCGGGAUCGGCUGGGGGAAAAUGGGGGCAAGGUGCUCGCACCCGGAAAACCCCGUCACACUGGUGGAGAAUGUGGGCAUAAACAUUUUUUUCCACAGACGAGCAAGACCGGGAAAACCGGGCGAUUUCCCCAGAGUACGGCAUGGAGCCGGAAGGAACAAUGGAACCCCGGCAAUUCCUAGAAUGGUUCGAGGGGAACCAACGUCAACAGAAUCAGGUCCAGCAAGAGCGCCAGGCGCAGCUGGUCCAACAACUGACGAGUCAAUUCCAGGAACAACAAAGACUACUGAUUCAGGAGAUGGCUGCCCAGCAGGACCAGUGGCGGCAGACAGCAGAGAAGAGGUGGGGAACCACCACGGGAGGACCAGGAGGAGCCGGGGAAGGAUCCAAUCUCCCCCUGCGACUUAGCAAGUUGGGUCCCCAGGACGACCCCGAAGCGUUCCUGACCACCUUCGAGGGGGUGGCGUCGGCAGCACGCUGGCUGCCGGAGCAGUGGGCCACCUUGCUGGCCCCCUAUUUGAGCGGACCCGCCCAACUGGCGUAUCGGAGCCUAGCAAUUCCGGACGCCCUGAACUAUGUGAAGGUGAGCGAAGCGAUAUUGGAUCAAAUAGGACACUCCCCAGAGACCUGUCGACAGAAGUUCCGGCAAGAAGGGUACAGGACCGGGGACAGACCACGAGCGGUGGCCCAGCGGUUGCGGGAGUGGGCAAAUCGAUGGCUAGAACCGGAACAAAAGACCUGGGUUCAAGUCACAGAAAUGAUAGUCUUGGAGCAGUUCCUACACAUAUUACCCCGGGACGGGCAGCGAUGGGUCCGAAGAAACCAACCCGCAACCUUCCACGAGGCGGUGGCCCUGAUGGAGGCACACCUGCUGGCCGAGCAAGAAGAAAGCGGGGGCCUGUGAGAGGUACUCCCCGGUCCAAAGGCGGGAGGAUCCCGGCCCCUGGGGAAACCCGGAGGGCGGGAAUACCCCCCCGGGGUACGUCGAGGACGGGAGAAUGUCCCUCGUUUAGCCCCGGUCUGGCCGCCCCAGCGGCCGGAGAGAGCCGAAGAGGGAGAGCCGGCAGAGCGGACCCCGAGGGAGGCACGACCAGGACCCCAGGGACCCUGCUUCCAGUGCGGGCAGGAGAGCCAUUUUAAACGGGACUGCCCCAUGAUGGAUUGCACGCUGAACCCGCCGGGACCGCGGCGAAGACGACCGGUACCAGUGACCGCGUCAUCCGGGAGAUGUUGAUGGAAGGGCGGCCAGUUAAGGCCCUGGUCGACUCUGGGUCAUCCGUGACCCUCAUCAGGGCUGACCUCGUCUCCCAGAGCCAACCGGAAGGAGAACCCAUCUGGAUGCGUUGCGUCCAUGGGGACGUCCGCGCCUACCCCACCGCCCAAGUACACC